AUAGAAUGUAUCUGGGCGAGAAAGCAGCAUGAUGAUCCUGAGCUAGUCACAGAACCUCAUCACCAAACGUUGUCGUCAUUUUGUGGAAGGCACAAAGCGAGCUACAUGUUACAGAGUUGGCUUUUCAGACUUUGCUGCCAAGCUUACCAAGUCACUAGCCAACAAAAUUCUUAGUACUCACUCACAUGCUUUAAUUACUGGCAUGGAACAUUCCAAGUACUGCAGAUUGAGAAAAAUAAAACUCUACUUUUUAGUGGAAUGAGUAACUACGUAUCAUCCACUCUCUUGGUGCUAACUCUGAUAAUAGUUCUGAAUGCCGCACGAGCUGGUGCUGAGGUCAAGGUUCAUAUAGUGUAUCUGGGUGAGAAGCAGCAUGAUGAUCCUGAGUUUGUCACAGAAUCUCAUCACCAAAUGUUGUCGACACUUCUUGGAAGUAAAAAGGAUGCCCAUGACUCAAUGGUGUAUAGUUACCGGCAUGGUUUUUCAGGCUUUGCUGCCAAACUCACAAAGUCCCAAGCCAGAACAAUCGCUGAACUACCUGAAGUUGUUCAUGUCAUACCGGAUGGUGUUUAUGAACUCGCGACAACACGUACAUGGGACUACUUAGGCCUUUCUGGUGCAAAUCCAAAUAAUCUCCUAACUGAUACCAACAUGGGUGACCAAGUUAUCAUUGGCGUUAUUGACACAGGAGUGUGGCCAGAGUCUGAAUCAUUUAAUGACAAAGGGGUUGGACCAAUACCAAGGAAAUGGAAAGGAGGAUGUGAAUCAGGAGAAAACUUCAGAUCAACAGAUUGCAACAGAAAGCUUAUAGGAGCUAAGUACUUUAUAAAAGGGUUUCUUGCUCAAAACAAAGGAUUCAACUCCACAAAAUCUCCUGAUUACAUUUCGGCUAGAGACUUUGACGGCCAUGGCACGCACGUUGCCUCCACUGCGGGUGGUUCGUUUGUUCCUAACGUAAGCUACAAAGGUCUUGCUGGAGGAACCUUGAGAGGUGGUGCACCUCGCGCUCGCAUUGCAAUGUACAAGGCUUGCUGGUAUCUGGAAGAGGUAGAUGGAGUAACCUGUUUAAAUUCUGACAUCAUGAAAGCAAUCGACGAAGCUAUGCAUGACGGUGUUGAUGUUUUGUCAAUCUCUCUUACUGGUGAAGUUCCUCUACUUCCUGAAACGGACCUGAGUAAUGAGUUUGCUACUGGAUUAUUCCAUGCUGUUGCAAAAGGCAUUGUAGUUGUUUGUGCAGGUGGUAACAAUGGUCCAGAAGCUCAGACCGUGACAAACACAGCUCCUUGGAUCUUAACAGUGGCUGCAACUACUCUAGAUCGGUCCUUUCCAACACCUAUUACACUUGGGAAUAAUAAAGUGAUAUUGGGUCAAGCAACCUACUCAGGUCCGGAACUUGGCUUAACUAGUUUGGUUUAUCCAGCGGAUGCAGAGAACAGCAGCGGUGUCUGUGAGUCCCUUAAUCUUAACCCCAACAGUACAAUGGCCGGGAAAGUUGUGUUGUGUUUCACAACUUCAAGAACUAACACUGCUAUAGCGAGCGCUGCAUCUUUUGUGAAGACAGCCGGCGGGCUUGGCCUGAUCAUCUCAAGAAACCCGGUGUACACCCUCGCACCAUGUGGUGAUGAUUUCCCAUGUGUCGCCAUUGACUACGAGCUCGGGACUAAUAUACUUUCAUACAUACGUUCAACUAAAUCACCUGUUGUGAAGAUACAACCUUCUAAAACACUCUCCGGACAACCUGUUGGGACAAAGGUUGUACAUUUCUCAUCGAGAGGGCCUAACUCGAUGUCCCCGGCGAUUCUAAAACCCGACAUAGCAGCACCAGGAGUAAGGAUAUUAGCUGCUACAUCUCCCAAUUCCACCAUGAGUGUUGGUGGAUUUGGUAUUCUUUCAGGAACAUCUAUGUCGACUCCAGCAAUUUCAGGAGUUAUUGCACUUCUCAAAUCUCUGCAUCCUGAUUGGUCCCCUGCUGCUUUUAGAUCAGCCAUUGUCACUACAGCUUGGCGAACAGAUCCAUUCGGAGAGCAGAUCUUUGCAAAAGGGUCAUCUGGCAAAGUAGCUGAUCCGUUUGAUUAUGGUGGAGGCCUCGUGAACCCUGAGAAAGCUGCAGAGCCUGGUCUCAUAUAUGACAUGGGCUCAGAAGACUACAUACUCUACUUGUGCUCAGCCGGUUACAACGACUCAUCUAUCUCUCAGCUUGUCGGUAAAGUAACAGUCUGUUCAAACCCCAAACCUUCUGUUCUUGACGUCAACUUACCUUCAAUAACCAUCCCAAACCUCAAAGAUGAAGUAAAUCUCACUAGAACCGUCACGAAUGUUGGACCGGUUGACUCGAUCUAUAAAGUCGUGGUCGAGCCUCCGCUUGGGGUGAUAGUGGUUGUGAAGCCGGAGACGCUAGUGUUUAACUCCAAAUUUAAAAGAGUCUCCUUCACUGUUAGAGUCUCGACCACACACAAAACCAACACUGGAUUCUACUUUGGUAGCUUGACUUGGACUGACUCUGUACAUAAUGUGAUAAUCCCUGUCUCUGUCAGAACUCAAAUCCUGCAAAACUACUAUGAUGAGAACUGAUUGUUUAAGGAUCAUUGUGUUUACGAAUAAAUCAUUAUUAAUAAAAAUUGGUUUGAUGACAA